UUAAAAAUUUUCUUUCUCUCUUCUCAUCUUCUUCGACACUCCCCCUCCCCCUCUGUUCUCCUUCCCUUUCAUUUUCUUUCAAAAAAAUCAAAAUGUAAAACCCUCAUUUCUCUUCUCUUACCAACUAGAUUUCUUCAUCUCUUCUCCUUGCAACCAACCACUCAAUAUCAUCAAAUUCACCUUCAUCAUCUUGCUUCCUUUUUCUUCUCUAUUCUAUCUCCAUUUAUUCAAAUCUCAUUUUCUCAAAAUCUCCAAAUCAGAAAAUUUCAACUUAAUGAGUGAAGGAAGCAUUCAACUUUGAGUCCCGGUUAUUAUUGAGGCUUCAAGAGUUGUAGAAUUAUUGGACAUCAUUGGGUAGCUCGUUGACGCGCUCAGAGUUGCUUCCGGUUCUUUGGAAUCAAGUUAUGCAUCUGGCUCAGACCUCAGCUAGCAGGGGCGUUGCUAGCCUAACGUGUAGGCCACACGUUGGAUCUGUUAUACCGUACGGGCACACUAGAGGAAAGGCCUACCCUUAGAGGUGGAGCCGCCCUAGAUACAGGAGUUAUUCCAGGUUCCAUUCCACCUGCCCCUCAGUAGAUCUUAGUCAUUUUGGUGGAAGAUGCCACCUAAGAAAAGACGUGGUGGAACUGUUGGUGCUCCUGAUACUGCUGAAUCCAAUAGGGCAGUUUCUCCGCCACUUGGAGCGCUUCGACAAAGGCCAAGGAGCCAAAGGAUAGCUGAUAGGCGCAAAGGAGAGAUACCCCGCGAGAGAGUUCAAGAGAACCCCGCAGUAAGAGAGGCUCAACCGGACUUAGCAGCUGAAUUGAGGGGAAUGAAUCAAACUCUUAAUGCGGUGUUACAUGUUCUAACAAAUCAAAAUAGGGUGAAGCGAGACUUCCUAAUGCGCCAAAUCCUCAGCCUCAUAGGGUUCAUCAAUUGUUUGGGGAUCAAGAGCCGCCAAUUGAAAAGUAUUUGAAGUUGAAUUCGUCCACUUUCAAUGGAGAUUCAUUGGAUGAAGAUCCACAACAAUAUCUAGAGGAUGCAAAGAAAGCUAUUCGAGCUCUCAAGUGCACCAAAGAAUGGGCUGUUGAGUUAGUAUCCUACAACUUGCGUGGUUCAGCAAGAUAUUGGUAUGAGUCUCUUCUUGAGAGCAAAGAAGUAGCUGGACUUCCUCCUCCUUCUUGGGAAGAGUUUACUGAAGAGUUUCUUGCUCGAUUUUAUCCAGCUAACAAGCAAGCAGAAGAUGCAAUUGCCUUUGAAAGAUUAAGGCAAGAGAAUAUGACAGUGACUGAGUAUGCUAAGGAGUUUACUAGACUUUCUAAGAGUGCUCCGUACUUGGUGAAUUCAAAAGAGAUGAAAGUUCGUCGUUUCGUUCGUGGAUUGGCAGAACCUAUGUUCACUACUCUUAUGCCUGAAGUCGGACGUAUGUCUUUUAAGGAUGUCCUAAACUCUGCCUAUGGAAUUGAAGCUGGGAUAGCGGAGAGAAAUGCUUUUAAGGAUGUUGGUAAGAAGCCCAAGAUGAAGGGACAAUUUUCUGGUGGAUCUAGUUUAGGAGGAUUUCAGUUUCAUCAUGGUCAAACUAAUCAGCAAGGUUAUUCGGGGUAUCGAGCUCGUCCUCAAGCAUCUUUUGGUGGGGUUGCUUCUUCUGGAUCUGCUCCCAUGAGUGUUUCGAAUCCCAGAUAUUUUGUUAAGAGCACCUCUCAAUCUAGUGCACAGGAUUCAAAUCAGACAAGGCCAGCUCAGCCCUAUUGUCUUCAGUGUGGAAGUUACCAUUCCGGUAUAUGUUUCAAGGCUACUGGUGCAUGUUUUGGUUGUGGUCAAUCUGGUCAUCUUAGGAAGGAUUGUCCAAAUCCUAGAGGAGGCUUUGCUCCAGGUAUUGCACGUCCUACAAUACCAAUGCCAUCAUCUUCAGCUAUGUCUAUUGGAAAUUCUUCUGGUCCUAGUGGCAGAGGAGCAGGUGGCAAAGGUCAGACCUAUAACAGAGGAGGGAGCCAAAGAGGAAGAGGUCAGGCACGUGUGCAUGCCUUAACACGUCAAGAUGCUCAAGCUUCUCAUGCUGUGGUGGCAGGUACUUUACAAGUUUGUUCUUUAGAUGCUCGAGUGUUAUUUGAUACGGGUUCUCAUUAUUCAUAUGUAUCUCCACAUCUUGCAUCUCGUUUCGAUAAACAACCUGAACUGUUAUCCCACCCAUUUCAUGUUGGCACUCCGCUUGGAGUCUCCACGAUGGUUCGAGUCGUAUUUCGGUCUUGUGUUGUUAGAAUUAAUACCGUUGAAACCUUAGCUGAUUUGAUCUUUUUAGAACCAAUGGAAGAUAUUGAUGUCAUCUUAGGCAUGGAUUGGUUAGCAGCUUGUCAUGCUGAUGUGGGCUGUUACUCCAAAACUGUGAAGUUUGACAUACCGGGUAUCUCACCUUUUGUUUUUAAGGGUGAUGACUGUCCCACUUUAGCUAGCAUCAUCUCAUCUAUGAGUGCUAUGCAAUUGAUGGAUAAGGAAAACCAAGGAUUUCUGGCAGUUGUUAGAGAUGUUGAUGCCGAAGUGCCUAGUCUUGAUCAGGUUCCUAUUGUUAGAGAAUUCCCUGACGUGUUCCCUGAUGAGCUACCGGGGAUGCCGCCUGACCGUGAAGUUGAGUUUUCCAUAGAAUUGGCUCCGGGAGUCCAACCUGUGUCCAUUCCUCCCUAUCGUAUGGCUCCAACUGAGUUACGAGAAUUAAAAUUUUAAUUGGAAGAUAUGCUAGAGAAAGGAUUCAUUCGUCCUAGCACUUCUCCGUGGGGAGCUCCUGUUCUAUUCGUAAAGAAGAAGGAUGGAACGAUGCGACUAUGUGUGGAUUAUC